CGAAAAAAAUCAAUGUCCAAACAUAGACCGCAGGCAAUUAAGAUACUCUCAGUCCAGUGAUACACUCCACUGCUACUCAUUGAAAUCUCUGCAAAUAAGAAGACUCUCCGAAACUCUCAUUCUGGAGGAGAGAAGCUGGCUGUUUUGCAGAUAUGGGGGCGUGUUCUGAGUGCCAACAGAAUUGUGCAUUUCUUCAUUGUCAACACUACCCGGGUCCAGCGGUCACAUCUUUCUUCAAAAUCAUGAUCUCCGAUGACUUCAUGCACACUCUGUAUCUGCCUCCUCAAUUUGCUAAAGCCACAUCCCAUUUGGCUGAUCAAGAAAUCUACCUUGAGGACUCUGUAGGGACCAAAUCAAAAGCUAAGGUUUCAAAGUGGGAGAAUACGCUGGCUAUUCAACAGGAAUGGCACCAAUUCUCAUUGAGCCAUAACAUUGAAAGAGGGGACUUUUUGGUCUUCCAUUACUUCACAAGGCCGGCAGACCACUUUGUUGUGCACAUAUAUGGGCGGAGCGGUUGUCUCAAAACUGACUUCGAUACUACACCUAUUGAGAGAAGUAACAAGAGGGCACGGACUGUCAAUAUGUCACCGAGACCAGAAUACGAGUCAAACAACAGCAACAACGACAAAGAAUUCAUCCCAUGUAACUUGGGAGGUGAGACUGAUGGCAUAAAAGUAAAUGCAGCAAACAAAGAAAGUCCUGCUACACUGGGUAACAAUGAUUACCAGCCAUUGGCAUUCGGAUGUGCUCCAAAUCCAAUCAUUGAUGAAGGUCACAAUAAAAGGAAAGAAUCGUGUCCGCGUUCUGUGGAUGAGGAAGUACGGAAUGACCCUCCCAGUAGCUUUACAAUGUCCAAAAAUGAACUCUGCUGUAAAUCUCCAUCAGAUGAAAAUUUGAAAUCACUAGAGAAUGAACCGAUGGGAGUGCAAGGUGCAAUUCCAUCAAGAUUGGAAAUGCCAACAAGUAAGCUUCUGGACAGGAACUUCAUUUUCUUAGGUGAAACAGAAUCCGUGGAAGAUGUUCAGGGUAAAGAAAAUUCGGUAAAGAGCAAAGCAGUCACGGAAAGUUUUAUGCCACAUGCGAUGAAAAAGGGUCUUUGCACCAGCAGUGUUCAACACAUAUCACAAUUUGAUGGUGCAUUUGGCAAUGUAGGUGAGAAAGCCAAUUUGAUUCAGAAAGAAGCAACUGAGAUGGUAACCGAAGUAAACAUAGGAUGUCCCACUACUUCCAGAAACAAUUCUUACCAAUUAGCAUGUGCUCCCAUUAUUGAUCAAGCUCAAAAUAAAGGGAAAGAAUCUUGUCUGCCUUCUAUGGAUGUGGAAGAACCAGAUCGAAUGUCCAAAAGUAAACAGUGCAGUAAAUCUCCAUCUGGUGAGAAAGCCAAAUUGAUUAAGAAAGAACCAGAAGAGAUGUUUACUGAAGAGGAAAAUCUCAUGAACAUGACCAACAUGGACUUUGAAUAUGUCAAAAGUGAGCCUGUUGAUGCAGCUUCUGCAGACUUGUGUUUGGUGGUGGUUGACGGUGGUGAAUUUAUGGAACUACCAGAAAGCUGGCCUUGGAGAGAUAGGCAACAACACAAGGGCAUCCUAUUUCUCACAGACCCAACCAAAAGAGUUUGGCCAGUUUUAUUGCAUAGGAAGCAGCAUAUUGUUGUUCUGUCUACGGGGUGGAAAGAGUUCAGUGCUGCCAAUAUGCUCAAACCGGGAGAUGAAUGUGUUUUCCGUGCAUUAAAGAGGCGUGAAUAUAGUGUUGGUUUUAGGCGUAAGGGGGAAUAGUGCCCGAGACCUUGGCCUCUGGCGAAGCGUCCAAACGUUUAGAAGUGGAAUCCAUUAUUGUUGUUAUAUAUAUAUAUAUAUAUAUAUAUAUAUAUAUAUAUAGAUUUUGGUUCUGAUGCACCAAAAUGGUGCGAAAAUGCAUCACGUUGAAAUGCAUCAUAAACCUUCGAAAAUGCACUAUCUCAAAAUCUGAGCACAGGAUGCAAUCUGAGCCGCACGAUGCAUCAGAUCCGACGGCUAGAUUUUAUUCU